UUUGUUUUCUUCUGUCAAUGACAUAGCAAAAAAUGAGUAUGAUAUGGAAUAUAAUAGUUGAUUUUUUUUUUAAAUGGUACACAUCUUUAUUUUUAAAAAAAAUGCGACUAUCACCUUAAAAUCUCCAUUGAUUUUCGUUAGGUGAAUACCUUCAAAAACCAACACGAAGUUUUAUGUCUUCUUAAGAGAAACAGCUGCUUUUUGAACCAGCACGAUUUUGUGUUGAAGUUAUACAGCGUUUACCGUAGAUUUCUUAAAAUACAUCCAUAGGAUAAAUCAGAGCAAUGUGGACUAUUUUCAUCGGCGGAUUAUUACUUCUGAGUGGUAUUUGUGAUGGAGAUUCUGAUUCUGAAAACCAAGAUCUGCUACAGGAAAUACUGGAUAGCUUACGUAACCAAGAAAACCAAGACUAUUCAAGUACACCCUCAACCACUUUAGAUCCGCUUCUUGCAGACAAUAUGACGUCACAAAAUAACUCGAGCACUACCAUUGACAAUGCGACAGUCAUAACACGUACAAACAACGAGAGCAUUGCUCAAAUUACAUCAUCAGAGAACGAGACAUCGACACCUGUACCGCCAAGCAAGCCAGAUGAGAAUGAUGCCUUUCUAGAUCCGUCUCAAGCCACCACUUCGAUGACUCCUUCUUCGGAAUAUAGUUUAUCGAAUGAUGACGUAACAUCAACUCAUGGUAAUGCUACCUUCACGACAAUUUCUAAGCAGGAUUGUACAACAUCUUAUAACAUUCUUCAAUCUCUCUGUACCGAGGACCUGCCGAGUUUAGUCAAAAUCGCCAAUAUUUGGGACAUCUAUUACGUCAUGUUCUCGGAUGAUGUCAUAAAUGAGUUAUUGCUGAAUUGCGCCAGUGGAGAAUGGUGCAUUCAAGACGAGUUUGAUAUAUUCCGUGCGAAAAUGGCGGAAAAAGCUGACAUGGUGACCCGUUCUGCUGUGUUUGCUGAAACGUGCCAGGAAUUGUCCCUUGAGUGUCUUGAUACUGCUGCCCAGAAGUUUGAGUCUUGCUCCUUUGGAAAGAGACUGAAUUUUACUUUGGAAGCUGUGAGAUUAAUGUGCGCUAUACGAGAUAUGACGUCAUCUAACCAGCAGUGUACAGCGCAGGUUUUAUCAUCAUUACACGUCAAGAUCAUGGACAUUUUGAGGAAAGAAAAUGAAAAACAGGAUUUGAACACGGCGUUUGAUAACGAAGUCUGCCGAACUACACAGGGUCUGAUGACAAAAACUUACCUGUGCACAUCAAGUAGAUGCCCGACGGAAAUCAAAGAGCUUCUUGGCAGUUUUAAACCUUGGUCAUGGUUCUUGGAUGACAUUAAUGAACUGAAGGCCACGUGUCAACUUGGGAACGACACGUGCACAUCACGUGACAUGGUGUUUAUAAUUGACGAGGCUGCUCCUACAGCAAUCACCACGGCCUCUGUUUACCAAACAGAUGAAACUCAACAGUUUAACGAAGACAGUGGUCUGGUGGACAUAAGAUCAUCACCGAUAGCAUUGGCUGGGAUAGGAACAGCAACCUUCAUAAUGCUGGCUGGCAUGAUCAUCUUCUUUUUAUUUUUCGUCAGACGUCAUCGCGUGACGUCAAAAAAUCACGAGUAUAGACCAUUGGAAACCAGCGAACCGUAAAGAUUCUUCUUGACAUACAGUAUUAUCUGUUCAAAUCAGAUUUGUUUUCACUUGCUAUACCAUAACAUUUCUUAAUAUUUGAGUUUAUAAAGCAAAUAAGUUUAGAAAGAUAGUGUAAUAUAAUAGUAACGAAAGACAAUAUUUCUAUUUAGAUAAAAAAUAAAUACUCUUCUCUCUCAAAUUUGUCAAAUUGCAAUGAUACAUAAGGGAUUCUAUGAACAACUAUUUAAUGACUUUCAGCUGUUGUCCUGAAAGGAAUAAAUGUAAUAUUUUUAUUGAUUUUUAAAGUCAAGAUUUUUUUUUUAUCAAAUUAAUACAAUUUACGAUGCUACCACGGGGUAGCGCAGCAAGAAUUACAGAAAUUUGUAUCAUCGUCAUCUAAAUGAUAUUAUUACAAUUAUCAACAAAUAUCAAAGAAUUUUUGAGAGAAAGAGAGAGAAAAUUAUAUAAUACUUCUAAGUUUCAAGACAAUUCAUUCAAAAUACAAAGUCUUG